AGGUUUUUUUGCGGGAUUGGGCUGCGUUCUCCAAUUCUGUGUAGUACUACGUCAGUUCGAAACGAUUCAGUCUGUCACGAAUCCGAUCUGCAACCUUAGUUCCUGCUACUCUGGCUACGCGUCUCUCGCCGUGAUGAGGCAGACGCGCUUCUGGGCAAUCCUGCACAAAAUAAGGAGCCUAGUCCAAACUAUGGAAUCUUACCCAGGAGAUAAGGGAUGGGAAGACCAUACUCGGCGAGAAAUUAGAAGAUUCUUCGCGGGGAUCAUAGUCAUGGCUGUGUUCAUCUCCGGAAGUGUGUGGCUGAGUCUCAUUUUAACCGGCACCUCUAUCCUGCCACUCUGGCCAUUCGUGCCGUACGCCGGGCCGUUUGGCGUGUACCUCGCGUGGCUCUUCUACGACGUCGUCAGUGUCCUCAUAAUCCUUGGUGCGAUUUCCUUUGUGGUCACCGCCCUGGUCUGCGUCACGUGCACUGCAGCCGGCCUGCACUACGCUCUGGCUCAGCGGAUCGCAACCAACGAGACUCCAGAGGUCGUCAAGGACGUAGUACUUAUGCAUCAGCAGCUGCGCGACGUGGCUCGGGACCUGAUAACUUUAUUUGACGGGAACCUGGCGCACAUCAUGGCCAGCUCGUUCUGUAACUCACUCUUCGCCACGAUUCAGGUGUUGGCCAACGACGUGACCUCCAGUACGUUUGCUCUUCUGCUUCCUGUGGUGGUGAUAUUUCUCCAACUUUCACACUACAGCCAGGAAUUGUUCGACUCUAGCCUGAAAUUGCAAAGAGCCGCUUUUCAUGCUGCCACUGGUGGCACCGUGGCUUUCCUCGAGGCCCGUGCUCUUAACCUGGUGAUACUUGUCGCGGGCACGCCGCCCACUCUGCACUGUAAGGGUCUUGGCCAACUGAGCCUAGCUGACGCAGGGAAAGCCUUCCGUCAGUUUUAUUCGACUGUCAGCGUACUUGGCCCAAAAUACUAACACAUUAAGGGUAAUGGCUAAAGGAGGAAUAUUUGUAUGAGACUGUGAAAGGGAAAUGGAACUAUUUCUAAUUUAUUGUAAUAAACUUAUAAGCACCACCUGUAUGUUGGUGUUUUAAAAGU